AAACCGGAAACAUCCAGGAAGUGACGACAUCGCCUGUUCAUCCUAAAACCAUGCUUGAAUGGAGGUGACCUUACUGUCCAUCUAACUGUGUAGAGAGCAGUUUUGAUUAGAGCGAGGAGACAUGGCGGAGGCUCAACAAGCACGCGUUCAGGCUGUAGUAGAAGACAUGGUCCAAAGCUUGGAGCGGGAUCACAUCCGGAAAAUGCAGGCUCGCAUGUUCAAGUGCAGCGCCGACUGUUGCGACCGCUCGUCCGACUCCAUGUCUCAGGUGCAUCAGUGUAUCGAUAGGUGUCAUGGACCACUGGCCAAAGCCCAGGGUCUCGUCACCUCCGAGUUGGAGAAGUUUCAGGAUCGUUUGACCAGGUGCACGAUGCACUGCAAUGACAAAGCCAAGGAUCUCUUUGACUCGGGCGCCAAGGAGCCAGCUGUGCGCUCCCUGAUGGAGCGAUGUGUGGGCAGCUGCGUGGAUGACCAUAUGAACCUAAUCCCCAGCAUGACCCGGAGAAUCAAAGAUAACCUGGACUCUAUAGAGCAGUGAGACACUAGUUUCCAAGUAGAGCACUAGAAUCGGUGUCAACUGAGCCAGGCGUGGAUCAACGUGGAAAUGACAAACCAGGAAAUGUGAGGGACUGAGAAAUGCAGUGUCAGGUCUUGUACGCCGAAGUGGCCAGUCGGAAUCAUGCAUUCAGUGUGGAAUCUUCUGUCACAUAUGUUGAAAAUCCAUAGUUGUUUGUAUUUACGGAGAAUUAAAUGCUAUAACGGAUUUUUUAAUUUCAAAAUUAUGCUUUAAGUGGAUGUCAUAUUUUCUUUGUUUUUCUCAAGCUGCAAUGCAUCCCGAACACCCCAGCACCCCGUAAGAGUGCAUCUCAACAUAUAUCAGUACAUGUCAGUCCAUGAAAUCAAAUUACUUUUUCUUAAAUACAGUGCAUGCAUUCUCCUGGAAUGCAUUAUAUAUUAAGGAAAAAUGUGUAAAUACAGAAGCAGACAUAAUGCAGUGAUAUGAUAGCACCACAGCCCUUGUUGCCGGGCAGAUUUAUUGGCAACAAAUAACAUUGUAUACACAUUUUCAUCUUCCAAAAAACAAAUGAUAAAAAAAUAUAAAUAAAAACAUGAGGAUUACAAAU